GUCUAAGUGGUAUUUAUAGAGACAAAGUACACGCAUUUCUGUCCUCUGUACCUACAUUUUUCUCAUGAGCCAUUAGAACUGUGUUCAUCUUGUUCACAAGCGAGAAACUGCUUCACACACACUAAGAGAAUGGAAAACCUGUUUUGCUGAGGUGAGUUCCAUUUAACAAAAUUCUAGAUAAAGGGUUUUUAUGGCUGUUGUGGAGGUGAUGAGUGAAUUUUGAAAGUGGCAAAGGAAUGACAAAAUGAACAGAAAAAUGAGUCAGAUGUUAUAUAAGUUUCCCCAACUUAUUUUGCUUUAUGAGGAGAACUUUCACUUGCAAAAGAUUUGUGAAUCAUAAAACUUAAAUAGGUUUUCUACAAAAUAUUUUUUGGGUAGAAUAAGCUUGUCAGUUUUCAUGAAGUCAUGUUGAAUUCAUGAAGAUCUUUAAUGAUGAUGUCAGAUGGGAUUUCCCUGUGGUUCUCAGAUAAGCACACAGGCAGAUGUUCUGAAAAAAUAUCCCUCUAUAGGUCAACAGAGAAUCUUCUGUGCAGCCCUCAGAUUCCUUUCCUGCUAUCUGCUCAGGACUAAGAAAUCACGAUAGAUCAGGUAGGAUGGGAGAAAACGUGAGGUGGGAAAUGGACAGGAAUAAUCAGGAGGAACCGAAAGAUAAUUAAUUGACAUAAUUAAUUGUCAUCCACUGAACAGUUAUAUUUCUUGAAACUACAUUUCUUGAAGUAAUUGGAUAAUUUAUAUCCAGUACAUUAUAUCCAAUUAGUAUGAAUUGCACAUAAAAUGAGCAAAUUAUUUUGGAUUAGUGGAAGCUGAUUGUUUUGAAAUAAAUAUUGUAGAAAUAUAGCUAUUGUUUUAAGAAAAAUCAGCUAAAGAGGGAUUUUCUAAAGAUUGAGCUCGGAAGUUAAUUAUAAGGAUGUAUUCUCUCUUUGAUUUCACUAAAUGCUUCUUGAAAAAUAGCAUGAAACACUGUAUAUAGAAUGUGCUUUUUUGUUUCUUGGAAGUCACCUUCAUUUUUCAGAGGAGCCAGCACUCGAUAGACAAAUAGGAGUUAGGUGUGAAAGAAGAAGACAGUCAAGGUCAAGACAGUAAUGCUAUUAUCAUCUCUUUGAGAGAUCUGAUAAUGAAAUAAGUGUCCUUUUAGCAAGAAAUAAGAAACAAGUGAUUUUUUUAUCCACGUUGAGCUUUUCAACAUCAUAUACAAACGCUGGUAGAAGAAUUUGGGGAAAACAAAACCCAUGGGAUUUUCAUAAAAGAGUAACUCAUUUUGUUCUCUGGUUUAUAUAAUUACAGAAGCAAACCUCAAUACUCUUUAUUAUUUGCAGUUGAUGUUCAUACUUAGGACUGGUUUAAUAGACUUAAAUAAUAUUUUACUAAAUAAUUGGUUAAAAUCGGCAGGAAAUAUGGUAAAGGAAAUAAAAAUGAAGAAAUAUUUCUAUGUGACAAUUCUGACAUUACAGUAGAAUUUUAUUUGAUUAUAGAAGGCAUCCCUGUGUAUGAAACUUAGUGAAUUCUGCUGCAUCUCGUGCAAUCUGUGUAAUCUUAAACUGGUAGAAAGCAAACUCCCUUGUGUAGAUGGUACUAGAAAUAAACAUGCAUAAUCAUCCAGAUAACACAUUUUCUGGAGCCCACCGUGAAUUCCUGUAAGAAUGAUGGUACCUGCAAGCCUAUAUUCAUCAUUCGUGAACUUAGAGGUGAAUUCUAACAAAGCAAACUGAGAAUGAAUGGCACUGAGUACUCCAAGAUAUGUUUUUGACCUGUUGCAUGGCCUCAGUUUAAAAUAGCACCAAAGGGCUUCACCAUCUUUGUGUAAGCCACUUGAAGGUUUACAGUGAGCUCUGACAUGACUGCUUUCUGGCAAUAACACAUAAUUUCAUCUCACGUUUAUAGAAUUACCCAGGAAAUGUCAGAGCUACUUGAAAUGUCUCUCUUCAUAGCAGAGAUUUCUCCCAGCGGGAUUUCCAUAAGCAGUCAAAGUCAAUGCUUGGGAUAAAAAUAACAAAAAAUCUUGAAAAACACUGUAAAGGUGAUGGAACCCACCUUCCACAUCUAGUAGAUAAUGCCAGUCAGUGGCAAUUGGUUCCUCUGAGCUUCCUGGAGAAAAUUAAGUAAGAUGAACAGCUUACCCGGUUUUUUCCACAUUUUGAGCUUCCUGUGUCAGCAGCCUGGAUUUUUAAUGUAAAAUACUUAAUAAAUAAACACUUUUUAAAUGACUUUAGGAUGAACCUUGCUACCAGAGGAGGCUGAAGGUUCUUUGCUAUACCAGUUUCAAAUGUCCAGAACUUCUGAAAGAAUAGGUUCCCUCUGUUAAGAUCUAGUAUUUCAUUGUCUUAGCUUAGAAAUAUACAUGCAGAUAGAAGGGAAGUUGACUGUUUUAUUACAACAGUCAACUGAAAGUUAAUGACAAAAGUAGCAAUUCCAUUGUGGUUAGAGGGAAAUAUGAGUGAAUUUGACCCGCAGAUUCAAUUUACAUUUCUGACCCAAUUCAAAAAUAUUUUACUGAGAAUAACGGUUACUUGUAAAUUUGCAGUCCAAUAUCAUGUCUUUCAAUUAAUUAAUUAUGAAGGAUAUUUCUAUUCCAGGUCCUGCAAUGUAAGAAUAAAUCUCAGCUUCAGUGAUGUAUUAACGAGCAAUGCCAGAACACUUAUUGAUUCGUUACUUUCAUUUAAUGACUUGGAAAUGUUUGACACUCAUAAAGUAUUAGCAGUGUCCACUAUAGUCCAAUUUCUAAUGUCUUUUAAGGUGAGGAAUUUCAAAUUUGCAAAAAAAAAAUAUUUAUUUUGAAACUUGGAGAAAAUAUUUUUAUAAGUUUUAGUGAAAGACAGUAUCUUUUCAAGAUUAAAUAGCUCUGACAGGAUUGUACAACUGGAAAGUCUUUUUAAUUUUAUAUUUAUUUUAAAAGAGCUUACUUACACUGUAUGCAUUAUCUCAAAGACAACAUAUGAUUAAAAUUUUCUCUGGUAUACAGGUGUGCUAUUGUAGAGGUAAUUUUGCAUUUCUUGCAUGUCUUGAGGGAAUGUGUUCUAAAUGAAUAAGUGAAGAUGCUGACAUGACAAAUAAAAUUAUUUGAAUCUUAUAAAGGUUGUAUUUUUCACUUCAAUUUUCUGGAUAGUGAGGAUGAGGAUGCCUAGUCAUUAAUACAUUGAGUAUUUUACCCAUGUAUCCAUAUAUACCCAGGGAUUCUUACAAAUAUUUUGUCAUCGUUUUUUUUUUUUUUCUUGUGUAUAAAUUUGCAACCUCAAGUCUUUCCUUUUUAGAACUUCUUACAGACUUUCUUACUUUAUGCCUUCUGUAGAACUUGAGGCAUUUUGUGUGAUGCCAUUGAACUGUACUCCUCUUUUAUCAAAGUAAAUAGUGGAUCAGACUCAUCUUUUAAUUUGCUGUUUGUGAAAUCUUAGAGUAAAAGGUGAGGAAAUAAGUCAGGAGGCAACUACAAUUGCCUUUCUUUGUCGGCCAGUUUUCCCUCAAGAUUGGGGCUCUCACUAGGAAUCCAGCCCUAACAUAGUGCUUGAUAUUGCUAUAUUACUUUUCCCAGAAACGUUUUGAAUGCUGUAUACCACAGGCAAAAAUGAUUUCACCAGCAUUUGAGGUGCUCAUAAGUCUGCAGUAGCAUACCUAAAUGAACUGAAGUAAAGCUGAAGAAAAAGCCUGUAAUGGGAAGAAAAAGUACCAUGUCCAGUUGAAGCUACAGCAGGAGGUACCAUAAACAAAGGACUAACAUUUAGAAUGCCAUUUGCACAUGGGACCAUGAUCUAAAACCUGAUAUAUUUGUAAGCAUCUUAGCAAAACUUUGUGCUAUAGUGCUGACAGUCUUGCUACAGGUUAGUCAAGAUGCUGCUUUUUGUAAUCAUUAGUAAAUCUCUUUCCCUGAUGCCAAGGUUUUAAAAGGGGAUUGCUUUUAUAAUUCGUUUCUUUUGAUCAGCAUUGCGUUUAUAUCACAGAAUCACAGAACUGCAGGGGUUGGAAGGGACCUCAAGAGAUCAUUGAGUUCAACUCUCCUGCUAAAGCAGGUUCCCUAGAACAGGUCACACAUGUUGGCAUCCAGAAGGGUCUUGAAUAUCUACACAGAAAGAGACUCCACAACCUCUCUGGGCAAGCUAUUCCAGUGCUUUGUCAACUUUAUAAUAAAUAAGUUCUUCCACAUGUUAGUAAGGAACUUCCUGUGUGCAACUUCCUGUAUGCAACUUCCACCAAGAAGAGCUUCGCCUCAUCCAUUUGCCUCCCACUUCCCUAUAGAUAUUUAUGAACAUUAAUCAGAUCAUCUCUCAGUCUUCUUUUCCCCAGGCUGAACAGACCCAGGCUAAAUAUAUACAAUUUUAAAAGUAAUCUCUUUAUAACAAGAUUUGAUCUUGGUAGUUAUUCUUAAGCCCAAAAACCAUUUCAUUUACUUAUAUUUUAAGUAAAUAAAAAUCAGAUAUUGCUAAAUUGAUUUAAAAAAAAUAGAAUUAAAUCAUCAUAUUCAGUAUCUAUGUUUUCAUACCUUAAAAGAGCAAAAAACUCAGAAUUCACAUUUUUUACACAAAACCGUUUUAUGUGCAGUAAUGAAAUUUUUCUGUUCAUCACUUGUUACAAGAAAUUAAAAUGUUUUCUAAUGGACUCAUUUAUAUCAUGUUGGGGGGCAAAAUGGAUAAAAAUGAAGGAAAAGUUUGUGUGAAUAUAUGUACCCAUGUAUAUAUUCAGACACAUAUAUAAUUGUAUGUAUAUUUAUAUGUAGUUUUUUCUAAGCUGCUUUACAGCUUUAUGCUCAGGCCAGUGUUGUGCUUGCUUACUUUUUUUCUUGUUUGCAAUAAUUUCACUAUUGACAGACAAGUGCUAAAUUAUACACAAAUAUUGAACUCUAGCAUUAAAGUAAAUUAAAAGAAAUGAUUAUAUCCAUAAAUUGCUGUGCCAUCUAGGAGAAAUGUUGUGAGUGCCAUUUCAGAAGUUUCCAGUUUAUAGAAUCACAGAAUCACAGAAUCAUUAAGGUUGGAAAAUGGCUUUAAGAUCACCAAGUCAAGCCCUAAUUCAUCCCCACCAUGCUCACUACAAAUGUCUGCCAAUGCCACAUCUCCACAGUUCUUGAGCAGAUCCAGGGACAGUGACUCCCCCACUUCCCUGGGCAGCCCAUGCCAGUGCAUUACCACGUUCAGAAAAGAAAUUUUUCCUAAUAUUCUGCCUGACCUUCCCAGUGCAGUGAGAAGAGUCCACCUGCCCUCUGGCUCUCCAGAAAGUCUCAAGAGCAGGUUGCUGAGAUAAAAAAAAAAAAAAAAUUAGUAAUGAAAGACAAAAGGAUGAUGCACAUAUAUGUUAUAGUUUCAUAUUACUGCAGCUUUUAAAUGUCUGUGGACAUGAGAUUUCUAUAGGGAAAAUCACUUGUUUGAGAGUAAAGCCAUGUUACAUCUGUCAUGCUUUUCUGAAAUUAUUGUGUACUAUAUAUCUCAGCCAAACAAAACUUCCUUGUGAAGUGCCUGUCUUUAUAUUACCAACCUGUUUCAUAGUUAUAAUUUAUAUUUUCCUAUUUUUUGUGGUAACGGCUGUUGUACAAAGUCUUUGCUCUUAGAACACUUGUGGAAACUGUUUACUGCCUUGUGUGUUAAUAGAGAGGUAAUAUUGCAAUUUUAUAGCUAUCUAAAAACAACAAUAAGCAUCCCCUUCUUUCUCUCUCCUCUACUGUACUCAUGUGAUGGGAAUUAAGUAUUCUGUUACAUUUACGUGAAAUCUGUUUAUAGCAAAACAAGACUAUAGAAUGCUUUGUUUGGUGAACAAUUAACAUUUCUGGAUUAAUGUAGGAUGAACUCAGUAUUCAAAUAAUCUGACUUAUUUAAUAGCUCAGUUCUGGAGUGUCAUGUAAAGAAAGGAAAACAGGUAAUGAAUAUUUUUUUGUUGAAACCAUUUACUAAAAUUCAUACUCAGAGUGCACAUCUUUUAUAAUUAUGUUCCCUGCAUCACAGCAUACUUCUACCAGCAAAAUAAUCCGAGUUCUCUUUUAGGGUUAUGGCUGAAAAAUAUUGGAUUUGAUGAUUAGGAAUUCACAACUUGAAGCUAUUUCAGAUUUGUUGGAAAUUGAAAUGCACUCUGCAGGGAAAAAAAAAAAAAAAAAAAAAAAAAAAAAAAGGUGUCUUUUCUUGAAAUAAGUACCUUGCCAUUUAACUGAAGCUGUAAAGUGCAGAAGGAAUAAUACCUGACAAAACUUUAUAAGGUUUAAGAUACUUAAGUGUUCUGUUCUUAUAUUUUAUUACCAUCAGUUGUGUGUCACUUUUUAUUAUUGGUUGUUUAUGAUCACCCUUUAUCAGGCACCAUGACUUGCAGAAACAUUGUGCUGAGAGACUUAGCAUAGGAUAUGAGACAUCAUUGAGAACACACAGAGCUUAUUCUUGGAUAUGAGAGAAUGAAAUGAUAAGGUAAUAAAAGAAAGGGCCACCCUGACACUAUGUGCUGGUGUGUUGGGAGGAAACAGGCAGCUCUGGGGUCUGUGAGCAGGGCACGCCAGUUGCUAAAGGCUGAUGGCUCACAGUGAGGACAUGGACUACGUGGUCUAGGGUACAUCCAUUGCACAAAAGCAGCAUGCACUGACUAAAUAUUCCAUUGGCAGCAUCUGUGAAGAGUUAGGCAUGGCUGGAUGCAGAGAAAGAGAUAAUAAAGAGCAUCAUUCAGAGCAGGACAUUGGAUAUUGAUGUUGGAAACCUGCAGGUCUCACACCUGCCCAUGGUUAGGUGGCUCAGAGGCACUUCAGCUGGGCACUUCAGCUGGGGCAGUUGCAAUGAGAAAACAUGGCAUUUCUCUACUGGGGCUCAUUUAGAAACAUAGGUGGGCACUCUGACUCCAGCAAUUGCAGUUUAGAGUACACAGUGGUCAUAUACUUUAUUCAGUAGUCUUUGAACAGUAUGCUGAACUAAUAUUGUCUGGGAAUUCAUACUUGCCUCAUUCUGAGGGCACUAACCAUGUGUACGUGGAAAUUACAAUAGAAUGCUUAUUAUCAAGCACAUGUGGUUGCUGUUCUUUGUGUUUCUUAUUUCAGCCCAUCUUUUUACAAAACAUGAUCUACAAGGGCUGCUCCAGAAGUAAUGUCUCCUAUUUUAUUAUGUUGGCUCAUGACGUCAGAGGCAGAUGUCAGUUGUAUGGCAGUAGACACUGAACCUUCCUGCCAAUAUUCCAUUACAUGUUGUUGCUGUGUGACAGAUGGCAGCAGAGGAUCAAUCUGACAAAAUGAAGUCUGACUAGGGAGCAUGUAUGAAGCAUUUCCAUUUAACAUUCACAGCUUCUCUGGGCAUACUGUUACUGUGCCUCACCACCCUCUGAAUAAAGAAUUUCUGCCUCAUAUCUUACCAAAAUCUCCUCUAUACAGUAUAGAUACCUGUAUUCUGUCAUAUUUCUAUUGUGAGCCUUCUUUUGGAUCUGGGACCCUCUUUUAGAUACCAAUAUGUUUACAGAUGUUCAGUGGAAGUACUUAGAUAAAGCAUGGCAGAUAGCAGAAUGCUCUGACUAAAUUUCAUUACUAAUCCCCACUGUAUUCAUUUUGUUUCAGCUAGUUCAUAUAUGCCUUUACAUAUCUGAAUUCGUCAGCAGGUGCCUGAUCAACUGCUAUCAGAUUGUACAUCUCCAUUGUUAUUAUUUAAUAUUUUAGCUUAAGAAAUCUUGUUGUGAUGGUCAAGAUAAUUUGAAAAAUGAGGCAACACAUAAGGAGAAUUAUUCUCAAAGCAUACCACACUUGGUGGUUCAGUUUCAGUUUGAAUCUUGAAGGUCUAAUUUUCUCUCUAAUCAAGAAAAGCUUUGUCAAUAUUAUCAAUACCAUCUUGUGGUACUGCUCUACAAGUGAAUGAUGUGUUAGAUGACAUGAAAUCAUGUAUUAUAGAAUCAUAGAAUCAUAGAAUGGCCUGGGUUGAAAAGGACCAUAAUAGUCAUCAAGUUUCAAGAUCUCUGCCUAAGUAUGGGAAAGUAAAUUCUGCAGCUAUUUUACUGUAUAUGCAAAAGAAAUAUAAAAUCAGGGUCUUGUGGUCAUUCAAGCAAUAUGAUACAUUCCAGAUACAAAGAGCACAAUUAACACUUAAAAAGACAUACAAUAGUAUCUUGAAUUAAUAAAAAUACAAUCUCCAGACUCUAAUAUUUAAUGCAUAACAACGUCAAUGCUGGUAAUACCACAGUAAUAAUGAACUGCAAUAAGAACAAAUGUAUGAUGUGUUUUUCCCUAGUGAUAAACCUUUACAAUUCAGGUUGCAAUCUCUCUCCCUCUUAUUCAUUUCCUCUUUUGUAGCGUGGCCUGUAGUAUGUAUAAACUCUAUUUAGAGAGAUAAUUUGCUGCAAAAUUUUUUGCAGUAUGAAAGGUUACUUAUUUGCACAAAGUCAAGCAUUAAAGCAGAAAAAGUCUGUUUGAAGGUUUUUUCUUUGGUUGAUUGGUUAUUUUUGAAGUGUAAUGUCAUAUUCUCUGAAGUACAGGAGGAAGUAAAUGGUAUUAGAAGCAGUAAAAGUCAUUACUUAUUAUUAUUGCAAUACUGACCUUGGUGUUUUGUACAAUAGCCCCCCAUUUAAAAAUAAAAAAUGAACAAAGUAAAUGAACUGUUCAGAUUAGGAAACAAAUGCUUAAGAGAUACUUAGGGACCAGUAAAGAGGACUCUAAUUUCCUGUUUUGGCUGUCCUGUAAAUUGAGUUUGGAAGUGUAGCAUUAUACCCAGCCAGUGGGAAUUUAAAUUCAUAGCACUCUUUGCCUUGUUUCAAACAGUAGAAGUAGAGACUGGAGAUUUUUCAGCAAAUAUAUUAACACAAAACUCACAUAAAAAAAAACCCAAACUAUUGCAAACCAUAUCAAUAUCAAAGAAAACAAGAAACAUAGAAAAUCAUUAAAAAUUAAAUAAAAACAAUUUAAAAAUUUUAAUUACAAUAUUUAUUACCAAAAAGUCCAUAAACUUGAAACAAGUUAUUCUUACAGGAGAGUACACUCUGUUUUUGUGCCACUUAUAAUGCUUUGAAUGUGAAAAUGACUGGAUGUGGUCUUAGGCUGGAGGAGCAACUAUAUAUCUCACGUGCCUUAUGUUAGCAUUCAGCAUUUUAACACUGUAAAAAGAGAGAAAUCUUUCAGGAAAGAAAAUCUGUGAGAAAAAUACAGCAAUUUUUUUUUCUUAUGGAACUAUAUAACUAUGUUUAAGUGUCUGAAUCUUUCACUAGAUGUCUACAUAGAAACUGUCUAAACCAUCAUUAUACCUAGUAGUGAUGCAGUUGUUAAUAAAAUGUAGGUAUGCAACAACGUGAUGUGAACAUAUCUCUAAGCUCCACGGACUGCUUUGACUAGGUGAAUGCUGAGUAUAAUGGGUAUUUAGACACGUAGUACAUACACCUUAAGCCUUAAUUUGUGAGCUGAAUCCUACCUGAUAUCUUAUGGAGACUUAUGUACAGUGUUUAUAUUGGAAUAUGAAAUUUAGGAAUAAAGAACUUAAUGUAUUUCCGAAUAAGCAAAUCUCUGUGUCUAAAAGAGAUAUCCAUCUUAUUAAAGGCAGAGUGACUUGAUUUUAUUAUUUGAAUGUGAAAUUCAGAUAAUGUUUGCAGACUUUAUUUAAAUUGAAAAAAAAAAAAAGAAAAAGAGAAAGGAGAAAAUUUUUAUAUCAACAUUGCAUUAAGUUCAGCAUAUCUUUGUUGUGUAAGUAUGAGCUCCAGUCCAGUACUAUGUGACCUCUAAUUUUUAUAUGAGGAGAAUAAGGAUACAAGUAUACUUACUUACAAGGAUAGACUUUUCUGAAUGAUCUUAUUUUCCCAACAGCUUUAUCACAACUCAAAAAUAAAUGAGUAAAAUGAAAAAGUAUAAUGAAGCUUAUGAAAUGUGAUGUAGAAAUUUCCAAGUUUCAGGAAAUGCAGAGUGAGUGACCCCAGUCAACAGGUAGAGAAGUCCAUGUGAAGUACAGCAGAACUCAGUGAACGUUUCAGAGGUAUUCAGUUCAUACUCUUACUUUUCAGUGGAGAUACCCUGCAAACAGGAACAGUUCAUGAAAGAGGCAUUUCAUGUCACCAUCAGGUUAUAUAGCAGGAAAUGACUGUUUUUCACUUAGUUCCCAGCUAUACCCCAAAUGUCUGCUAUAGCUAAAAAGAAGAAUAAACCAUGGUCCUGUACAGGAAAGAAAAAGUCUUAUUAAAGUUACAUCAAAAUCUUUUACCUUAUAGAAAGACAAAUUACAAUCUGAUAGAAAAUGCAGUAAAAAUGAACGAUUUGCCAAUAUAACAACUUUAUAUUAAUAAAGCAUCUCUGUUUUGGGCACUUCCUCUCCCCCUUUAUUUGCUUUUAUACGUCAUGAAACUAUACUAAUGUUUCCUGAAUGAAAGUGCGAGGGACUGGCAUUUCUCUCAAGGUUGAAGGAAAUAGCCCAAAGAUUUUAUUUGUUUAAAAAUAUUUCUUUGGCUACCAUGGGUUGCCAGGAUGAAAACACAAGGUUAGCACCAAGAUGAGACCUGUUGUUAGGUAGUCCCUAUCACUAGCUCACCCUCUUUCUUCUUUUUUUUUAACUCUAGCAAACUGGAACUGAAAGUCAUAUCCUAUUGAAAUUACAGUGGUCAUUCAAAGAGACAAAGUGGCAAAAAUGUUCUGGACUCUUCCUGCUUCCUUUCACCUGGUCUGGCAGACACCUCUAAAUCGUGUCCCAAAGGCAGUAUUUGCAGCAGCAGAACCUCUUUGUUCCCCUGACUGACUCAUUGCACAUUUGCCUUAUCUGUAGAUGUACUUUUCCUUUCUCAUAAUCUGCAGGCUCAGUGAAUCGGAAUUAAUACGGCUUCAGGAUUGGUGCAGUACUUACAUGCAUUCUGUGGUAGAUUUAUUAAGAUACAAGGAGGUGGGUCUCAAGGGCAGGAUGUACAAGCCUGGGCAAGCCUCUUCUACAGAUUUCAUUUUAAUGUUAACAUUUUAAAGAAUGAUUUUUCAUAUACAAUCAUAAAUUUCCAGGAGACUAUUUCAUUAAAAAAAUUAGAAUUAGGGCAAAUAUGGUAUUCUGGCAACCAGUUACAUGACAUGUGAUAGUGGCAUUGUUUCAUGUUGGUUUUAAAUUCCCAUGAUAACAUGGAAAUGGAAAAGGAGAGUCAGGGAGUUCCAUGUGUGAAUGCAUCAGUAUUACCAGCCAUUUUACAUCUGCUUUGCUUUGAAUAUUACCGUGCUUCUAGAUGCUACUAUAAAAAUGAGAUAGGUUUUCCUUUUGAUUUUGUCUUGAUUAGUCUGUUUUGCUCAGACUAUCUUUUCUUCUUGAGUAACUGGAUGUUUUACUGCUGCCAUUAACCACCCAUCCCAUUCUUUCCCUUCUCUUGUUCUUAAUAGAAAAUAAACAAUUAAAAAUCCACACACCAUAGCAAAAGUGUUUCAAGGCUGUACACUUUUAAAAGCAUAAAUUUAGAAUCAUAAAAUACAGAGAAGGCUCCAUAAAAUUCUUUGUUAAAAAGUUCAGCUGUCACUUUCUAAGAAGUUAUCUGACUGGAAUAGUGACACUGUUAGCCACUGUUUUUAGACUUGUGAAGUAGUUUUUAUUUUCAAAAUAUUAUAAAGAGCAAAACAACUGUGGAAAUACGAAGUUUUUGUUCUUUUGUGCUUAUUAAUGUUCUUUUAUUUCCUUUUGUGAGUGGGAGUGUAUCUUUCCUUCCAUGUUCUAGUUGUUGAGCCAGUACAGAGCUGUCCUGGGGCUUAAGCUGGAGUAAAAAUGUUCUUUUCUAUUAGCUGGAGAGCAGCACAAGCUCCAAAAUAAGACCAUCUUCUCUAUUGAACCCCAGAGAUCCCUUUAUUCUCAAAUUAAGCAGAAUCUGCUUUCUCUUGGUAGUUAAAAUUCCUUUUUUAUUUAAAGAUCAAUGACUCUCAAAUACCAUAAAUUUCAUAUGAGAAACCAUGCAAAGCAGGCUCAUUUAUAUGUUUGUAGUCUCAUAUAAAUUUAUAGUUCUACACCAUUUUUAAUUAUUUCUGUUAUUAUGCCUCUUUUUAGAAGAAAAAAAAAUAGUGAAGAGAAUAUCUAGCAUUUAAUAGCAAAUAACCUUCAGCAAUUACAGCAAUCUGACAUUUCUCAGCUUGCUUUGUGUUUAUUUCAAAGGAAAAAGUCAGUAGGCAAAACUUGGAAAUCUCAGAUGCCUUCCCACGUUUUUGCCAACUUUAGAUGUAAGAUAGCUUGGAAGGCUUCUGUCUUUAGCUGACUAUUUUCUGCAAAAACAAAGAGAAAACAGAAAAAGUAUGAAAAGUAAUGUUAUAAGGCUGAAUGACCUUUUCCCCUUUUCUUUACAGCUUUGCUGUGUGGGAACAGAAGUGUGCAGAGGGCUAUAAGUUGGCCUCCAGUCUUCCUCAGGGAAGGCAGCAAUUCCAUUUGAUGGUAGACUCACAAGCAUCGAAAGGUCUUGCCAAACCUUAUGCUGUGUUCACUGAAAUUUCUCCUCUGAUUCAGCAAAGUUCCUUCCUUCACUUUCCAGAUCACAAUAUGUUAGGGAAGAGAGAACGGUUAAAGGCAAGUGAUCCAGCCAUGACCGGCAAAACACAGACCAGCAAUGUCACCAAUAAGAAUGACCCGAAGUCCAUCAACUCUAGAGUCUUCAUCGGCAAUCUGAACACAGCCAUUGUCAAAAAAGGUGACAUUGAAGCAAUCUUUGCAAAGUAUGGGAAAAUAGUUGGCUGCUCUGUGCACAAAGGUUAUGCAUUUGUACAGUACAUGAGUGAGAGACAUGCCAGGGCUGCAGUGGCAGGAGAGAAUGCCAGGAUCAUCGCAGGGCAGCCACUAGAUAUCAACAUGGCAGGAGAACCAAAACCAUACAGACCAAAACCUGCCAACAAACGUCCACUUUCAGCACUUUACAGACUUGAAUCAAAGGAACCUUUUCUGUCUGUUGGUGGUUAUGUCUUUGAUUAUGAUUACUACAGGGAUGAUUUCUACAAUCGGUUGUUUGAUUAUCAUGGACGUGUCCCCCCACCACCUCGUGCAGUGAUACCAUUGAAGCGUCCUCGUGUGGCUGUGACAACAACUCGCAGAGGCAAAGGGGUUUUCUCCAUGAAAGGAACAUCACGAUCCACCUCAAGUGGGACUUCUUCCUCAGGAUCCAAAUUAUCUCCCAGGAACUUCAUCCUCCUCUCCAUGCAUCUUCCAGCACCCACCUGUCUUCCCCUGCCCCUUAUGUGGAGUGAUACUGCCCUUGGAAGCGUCACUGGAAGAGGAAGAGAAAGAUCAGUGAAAUCAGAUGAGUUGCAAACAAUCAAGAAGGAAUUAACCCAAAUCAAAACAAAAAUUGACUCCUUGCUAGGGAGACUGGAAAAGAUUGAAAAACAGCAAAAAGCUGAAGCAGAAGCUCAAAAGAAACAAAUGGAAGAUAAUGCUGAUUUGAUUCAAGAAGAAUGCAUAUCAGAGAAUGCAGAUAACUCUACAGAAGAUCCAAUUGAAGGAGGGCCAGAUGGAGAUGGGGAUGGAGAAGAGAUGACUGAUGGGAUAGAGGAGGAUUUUGAUGAGGAUGGCAGCAAUGAGCUGUUUCUACAGAUCAAGUGAUGAGAUGCCACAUGUGAACCCGCUGAAGGCUGAGAAGAGAAACUCUGACUUCCCCACAGAAAAUUGCAAACUGCAGUUUCUUACUGGCUAGUAACACCUUUGAUUCAAUUUGUAUGAAAAUUAAAUUUACUUAUUAAAAUGGACAUUACUGUUCAAAUAUUAGAAAUUCCAUUUCUUAUAUGUUCUAAGCUGUACAAUUGUCAGAUUUUUAUGGUUUAGAUUGUAAAUGUGUUUUUCUCUGGCUAAUUAUUGGUAUUAUUUUUUUAAUUUUGAUGUCUUAAAAGCCAAUGUACUGUAUCAUAAUAAUAUGAAGGACAUAUUUAACAGGUGUGGGAAACACUGUAUACAAAUGUAUAUUUCUAAAAGCUAUUUUUAUGAUUAGCAUGUUUUACCAUAGGGUCAGGUGUUAUUACACUUCCUUGUUUACAGCUUAAUUCAAACAAGGUCAUUAUGAUUAGUGACACACUUAAAAACAUUGUAUGGUAUUUUCCAUUCUUUUAUUUAUUCUAUUUGUCAUCUGGAAUAAUCAUGUUUACUAACAGGGUUAGCUGCUAAAAAGUAAAAAUGUCAAAAUAUGAAACCAAUCUUUGAUAAACUGUAAAUUGGAUCCUUUUGUUAAUCCCUUUCUUCAGAUAAGUACUCUGUGAUGCCAGGCACUAUGCAGUCGUUGCAGCAGUAUCUGCACGUCUCUAAAGGCAGUUUCUUGCUACCAUAUGGGAAGUUUACAUGACAGUCAGUCUCCUCCCUAGCCAGGUAAAUUACCUAUGCUGCCAACAUUCGAGAACCUGAGUUGGCUUACUGAUUACUUCUUUGUUUCAUUUCCUGGCAGCAGUCUGUCCACUCCCAGACCCCAAAAGCCCUCCUAAAAACCUGAAAUUGGAAUAAUUAACUAUUACAGGUGUCCUAGUGGUAAUCUCAGCAUAGAAUUUUUUAAUAAAUCGUAUUUUCUUUCAAACAGAAUGGGUGCAUUAUUUCUCUUUUGUUACUAAGAUAUUAAGGGUAUCAAAGCACAUCUAAUAGGGAUACAAGUUCUUAUCUAAGGAGAGUAUUGACUCAUUAACCAUCUGAAAGCUGGGCCUCCUUAAUGCUGCAGAUGACAUGAAACAAGGAAGAGAUGUUGAUUUACAUCCACAUGUGAGAUAUACUCCUACAGAAAGAGACAUGUCUUUGAAGUGAUUGUAGAGGCAAAAAAAAUUAAAGCAACAGCUUUCCAAAAGUGAGAGACAUGAAUGUAAUAUCUUAAGCAGUCAGAUGGAGCUCAGACCCAGUUGCAUAGCAGUACAGAGAACAUCAACCCUAACUGUUAUCAUAGAAUCACAGAAUCAUAGAAUGGCCUGGGUUGAAAAGGACCACAGUGACCAUCCAGUUUCAGCCCCCCUGCUAUGUGCAGCAUCGCCAACCACCAGACCAGGCUGCCCAGAGCCACAUCCAGCCUGGCCUUGAAUGCCUCCAGGGAUGGGGCAUCCACAACCUCCUUGGGCAACCUGUUCCAGUGCGUCACCACCCUCUGUGUGAGAAUCUUCCUUUCAGUAUUUAACCUAAACCUCCUCUGUCUCAGUUUAAAACCAUUCCCACUUGUCCUGUCACUAAGCACCCAUGUAAAUACCCGUUCCCCCUCCUGUUUAUAUUCUCCCUUCAAGUAUUGGAAGGCCACAAUGAGGUAUCCCCAGAGCUUUCUCUUCUCUUAGCUAAUCUGUUGCCAUGCUGUUUGGUAUCCAACUCCACACAGAUGAACCUUUACCUUGCUCUUAUAAUCAUUCUCUACAAGCUAAAAGAAAGAUAAAAGCAAAAGUAUUGAAGAGGCUCUUUAACAGAUCAGACCUUCAAUAUGUAUAAACAACAGUUGUUUGUGAGAUGAUAGGCUCACCACUAAAAACUAGCAUUAUGAAAGAAUAGUAUAAUUAGCUACACCUGAGCAUUAGCAAUUGCAGCCUCAGAAUCUGCCAAGGAUGACAGUUCUAGACAAGGGAGUAAAUAUUACUUCUGUCUAAGAGAAAUGUUAGCACAAAUGGUGGAUGAAAAACUUAACAUGAGCCAGCAGUGUGCUCUUGCAGCUCGGAAAGCAAAUGGUAUCCUGGGCUCCAUCAUGACAGGGGUGGCCAGCAGGGACAGGGAGGUGAUUGUCCCUCUCUACUCUGCCCUUGUGAGGCCCCAUCUGGAGUACUGUGUCCAGGUCUGGAGCCCCCAGUAUAAGAAAGACAGAGAGCUGUUGGAGAGGGUCCAGAGGAGGGCCACAAAGGUGAUCAGGGGGCUGGAGCACCUCCCCUGUGAAGACAGUCUGAGGGAGUUGGGCUUAUUCAGCCUGGAGAAGAGAAGGCUGUGGGGUGACCUCACUGCAGCCUUUCAGUACCUGAAGGGAGCCUAUAAACAAGAAGGGAGUCAACUCUUUGAAAGGGUAGAUAACAGCAGGACAAAGGGGAAUGGUUUUAAGUUGAAGGAGGGAAGAUUUAGGUUGGAUGUCAGGGGGAAGUUCUUUACUAUGAGAGUUGUGAGAUGCUGGAGCAGGCUGCCCAGUGAGGUUGUGGCUGCCCCGUCCAUCCCUCCAGGUGUUCAAGGCCAGGUUGAAUGGGACCCCGGGCAGCCUGGUGUAGUAUUAAAUGGGGAGGAUGGCCCUGCCUGUGGCGAGGGGGUUGGAGAUUCAUGAUCCUUGAGGUCCCUUCCAAGCCAGGCCAUUCUGUGAUUCUGUGAAGUCGAAGGGUAAAAUAUUUCCCCACUUUCUCCACUAUUUCUCCAUAUAGUAUAGGUAAGGUCAACGUUAAUGGUCAAAAUGCAACAAGAAUUGUCAUUUAGGAAUCUCUGUCUUUGGCUGGCAGUUAAAAUAAGUCCUAAUCGUAGCAUUUCCCUGGACAUUUGCCCAUUUAAAAUACCUCUGACUGACUCUAAAAGAUGUCAUCCAAAAAUGUCAUCCAAACAGAUCAGCUCUUUCAAAUGUGGGAAACUGCUAGGUACAUCUUCUCUUUACCACCUCCAUUCUAAACGACCUAGUAAUCACCAAGAAGCACUCUGAUUUUUAGAAACAUCUUUCCAUCAGUAUCCUAAGAUCAUAUAUUCAAAGAAAUGAUUUCACAGGCUUAAUGUCAACCCUUCUUCACACCACAGUUUAAGUCCUGAAUAAAUUUUGAACACAAAAAGUUACCUUUGAUAAGGUCAUGAGACACUGUUUCAUUUGCAAGCCAGAAGCUUCUUGUGCCAUGCAGUCUAUUACUAGCAAGGUUUCUUAACGGCAUGUUUGCUUCAAAUCACUGCAGAGGAUGCUGGUAGCUUCAGUAGAGCUUGAUAGUUCUAUACCUAUGUAUGCAGUACACUUAGUGUUGUCUGCCAUCAAAACAUAAACAUAUUUUUCAUUGGUUUUGUUAGUUGUGUGGGUUUUUUUUCAUUUAGUGUUUUCGUUUUAAGAUUGUUCACCCCUUGCAAUGUGGAAGAACAGGAAAUAUAAAGGAUCUUGUCAAGUAGUUUGGCUAGUCAACAGUCAUAAAAUCCUUUAUGAGUAGUCCUGAGUUAAACUAAUUCAUUUUCAACAAAGACUUACAUCCUCUGUGUAUUUUGAAUAUUUGUUUCAAGCCUGUGCAGCUGCAUGAUGGAAAAUAUUUACUAAAAAAAGCUUUAAAAUUUGGAUCAAUCAAUAAAAUAUCAAUCAAUAAAAAAUAUUUUUACUUUUGUAAACUCUUGUAUUACAUAUUGUUAAUGUUCCUGUUAGUUUUGUCUGUAGAUCCACUUUUAGUUCUGAAAAAUCAUUGUAAUAAAACUAUGUAGAUAAUAGCUACAAUAUUGUAAGCAGUCAUGUUUUUAAUCAACACCACUGCAAGUCAAAAUUAAAGCAUUUGGGGUUUGCCCGUGUCAAGCAGAUUGAUGUAUCAGUUUUCUUUAAAAUGCUGUAACAUAAUUUUUACAUGUCUGUAAAUAAAUAUUUUCUCUGAUUUAUGCA